CAUUUGGAUGUUAAUUAGGGGCUAAAGUAUAUCCAACUUAAUAGCAGAAGCGGAAUCCUAGAAAACUUGCAUUCAGUGCGCAUCGAGUGCAGCCAGUGAAAACGCUAAGAAUAUGGUAGAAAGUUAUCAAGCUUUCACUGUAUCGAGUGUACCACCGAUCGUGAACAGUUUGUGAGAAUAGAAUCGAUCGUACUUUUGGCGAAGUCUUACCGCAGUGUAGGUUUUACUUUAUUGAAGCUUGUCGUUGUGUAUCAUGCAAAUUCAGUGACGUUUGGAUUAAAGUAGAAAGUUAAACCUUAUGGUUUUGCCUUGGUUUUUUACUACGCAGGUCGAGUUUGUACGUUUCGAAUGUUAUUUUAAACUUCGAACUCAGGAAAUCGAAAUAAAAACAAAUUUCGUAGCUCACGAUGGCGGUGACAAAUGGAGCUAGCGAUAAUUCACACAUGAAGAAUGGAAAUUUCAUAUGUGGCGUUGUCGAAGGAUUCUACGGCCGUCCUUGGACAACAGAACAGAGAAAGGAUUUAUUCCAGAAAAUGAAAAAGUGGGGAAUGGACUCAUAUCUUUAUGCACCAAAAGAUGAUUACAAACAUCGUGCAUACUGGCGAGAUUUAUAUACAGUUGAAGAAGCUGAGCAUCUAACUGGUCUUAUAACGGCAGCUAAAGAGUGUGGAAUCAGUUUUUACUAUGCUUUGUCGCCUGGUUUAGACAUUACUUAUUCUAGUGCAAAAGAAGUUGCUGCUUUAAAAAGGAAACUAGAGCAAGUUAGCCAGUUCGGUUGCAUCGCAUUUGCUCUGCUCUUCGACGAUAUUGAACCAGAAAUGAGUGAAGCUGAUAAAGAAGUGUUUCAGUCCUUUGCACACGCUCAAGUCUCUGUUACAAAUGAUAUUUUUCAACACCUUGGACAACCACGUUUUCUGCUCUGUCCAACGCAAUACUGUGCGACGCGCGCUAUGCCGAACGUCCCCAGUUCAGAAUACCUAAAUACAUUGGGCAAUAAAUUAGCACAAGAAAUUGAUGUAAUGUGGACAGGACCGAAGGUCAUUUCACGGCUCUUAACAAUCGAAUCCAUAGAGGAAAUCACUGAGGUCUUACGUAGGCCUCCAGUUAUCUGGGAUAAUCUUCACGCCAAUGAUUACGAUCAAAAGAGAGUGUUCCUUGGCCCUUAUUCUGGAAGAUCACCAGAUCUCAUUCCUAAAUUGAGAGGAGUUUUGACAAACCCUAAUUGCGAAUAUGGUGCUAACUUUGUGGCAAUACAUACCUUGGCCCAAUGGAGUCGAUGCAAUAUCGAUGGCAAAAGAGAUCUUAGCCUCAAUGAUACCGUAUCGGCUGAUAUCAAACUGGAAACUGAAACGGAAGAUGGCGUGGUUGGUGAAGAUGUACCAUCAAAUUUGUGCCCUAAUAUGUACCAUCCUCGGCACGCUCUUAAAAAUGCUAUAAGUGAUUGGUUGGUUGAAUUUCAUAAAAAACGUGCAGCUUGGGGAGUCAUUGUAAAACCUCAACCAUGCGUGGCUCCUACAGUUCCAAUCCCUAUAAUUCCUUCGGUCAACACAUGCAUGAGCCUUACAUCAACAACAAAUACUACCGUAUCGGCAGCUACAACGUCCACCAAUAAUUCAAAUCACCUUAAAGCACUGGCAGAGGUCUGUUCGAGCGUUACAGGUACUGAAACCUUUUUGCAACCUGCUUGUGGACCUGUUAUGAAUUCUUUAGUAUCCGAUACUAAAGUAGUCAAUGAAUCGAUUAUACCUUUGGUGGUCCCAAACUCCGGGGGUGAAACCGUACCCAAUGUUUUACCAGCUACUGAACCAAUGGAAUGUACCAUUACACCUGGUCAUUCACCUGCACAUUUGGUAAAAAGCACCACUGAAGAUGAUGCAAUGAUAGAAAAUACUUCGACAUGCAGUGGAGCAUCUGGCAGUAUGCAAGUUGAGCUGGAAGUAUCAUCAUCAGCUGUAAAUGGAUCUCAAAUGGUAGUUGAGACCGAUAAUGAUAAUCAUGAAGCCUUGGAGACGCAAAGUUCAAAUGUCAUAGAUACAGAAAAACAACUGACUAUAGAGGACCUUUCUUUGCUUUGUGAUCUAUUUUACCUACCUUUCGAACAUGGUGGGCAAGGAAUUCAACUGUUGCAAGAAUUCAAUUGGCUGAAGAGCAAUGCUCAUAUUGUUAUGAAACAACCAAAAAAUCAAGAAGUGUACAACAAAGCGGACGUUGAAGAGUGGCAGUCUCGGGCAGCUAAAAUGAACGACAUGUGUGCUGCAGUCAACAGGCUGUUUCAGCGACUCACAUACUGCAACAAUCGAGAGCUGUUAUAUGAUCUUUAUGCAUAUGUAUGGGAUAUGAGAGGAGUUGUCUCUCUUUUGAAUAGUUAUAUCAAAUGGCUUGCUUUUGGCAGAUUUCCAACCACGAUGACUACAUUUACCCAAGGAAGCUACACAUGGUUCUCCAAUGGAUGGAAAGAAACAUUUAUGAGCGGAGAUCAAGAACCCUGGGUAUUCCGAGGAGGACUUACUGCAGAUUUACAGAGAUUAAUUCCAGUAGAUAGUGGCAACGAUUUGUUUGUUUACAAGGCGCCAGAAGUUCCGUGUAGUAAAAUUUAUACGAUUAGACCUUAUUCAACGAACGACGAGGAUGCAGUGCGGACAAUUUGCAACCAAAUAUCUGGAGGUACUUCGAUUAUAGCUGAUAGAUUGGUGGGAGGCUACCUAUUACUGAGCCCUGAGUUGUGCAUGGUUGUCGAGGAUGAAGAUGGCAUUGUGGGAUAUGCACUCGCUGCUUUGAACCUCAAAACGUUCAAUCAAAAACUGGCGAUUUCCUGGAUUCCAGAACUUCAAGCUAAAUAUCCGUUGGAAGACAGUGUCAAAAAUCUACCGCAAUAUGAGAAGGAGGCAAUACAAUACUUUCACUCAUUCGUGCCUGACGUUGCGGAAGAGUUAUCCAGACAGUACCCUUCCAAACUGAUAUGUUCAAUACUACCCAGUGUAACAGAUCAAUCGGUUGCAAAGAGGCUUGUCACUUGUGUUCUUGCUGCUUUAAGGGCAAAUGGCUCGUUUGGCGUACACACAACGGUUUCUAAAACAGACAAAGAAGCACAUGAAUUUUACGGUAAGCUUGGAUUCGUCGAUCAGCCAGAAAUACAGGAUGCUGAUUCAUUAACCACCACCAUGCGUCGAAGUUUCUAGCGUCAAGCCAUCGUACUUGUUGUUUGCAGACACAAAAUUUUUUACUUGUCUCCCUGUUGGAGAAAAAUAUUCUAAGUCGAGAAUGCAACAGUGCGUAUGUGUAUUCAAGCGAGAAAUAACAAUAAACAUUAUAUAAAUGAA